AUGGCUGUCUCCCGCUUCUGCGCGCUGCCCGGCGCGCUCCUCGCGCUGGUCCUCCUCUCCGCCGCGUCGCUCCCGUCCCCCGCUUCCGCCUACCGCGCGUCGCGUAUGCUCCUCUCGCCCUCGCCCGCGCCCGCGCCCGCACCAGAGGAAGACUCGGGCGGCGUCGUUGGGAUGGAGACCAUCCCGUCCCCUUGGCCCGCAACCAACGCGUCCAUGGAUGCCGCCGCAAUCGCCGCCACCAUCGACCCGAACGUGAACGACACGUACCCCGCGGUUCUCGAUCCGAUUUCCCAGCCGGAUGGCUACUUCAGUGACGGGUUCUAUGAGAUGAACUUGAUAGCGAUGAACGACAAGGAUGAGAUCUAUGAGGAUCCUGAGUAUGCUGAGAUGGGAGAAUUGGAGGAGUUAUCGACUGAGGUUGAUGAGAGCGAGGACACGGAUGAUACGGGAGCGAGUGUGGAGGCAGCAGUGAAGCAGGAAGAGGAGAUAGUCACCAUGGGGGCAGCAGCGGUGAAUGAUAGAGAUGGAGAUGGUGUCAACACUUUUGCAGCAGCGAUCGUGGUUGAAGAUGAAGCAGUAAAUGCGAAUUAUAUGGGAGUUGAAGCUGUGAAAGGGGACAUCAUGGUGAAGGGAUCAAAGGUGAAAGCAACUGCAAAGGGGCGAGUGCUUACGAAGGAGGAACACGUUGAGGGACUCUCGCCCUCGCCCGCGCCCGCGCCAGAGGAAGACUCGGGCGGCGUCGUUGGGAUGGAGACCAUCCCGUCCCAUUGGCCCGCAACCAACGCGUCCAUGGAUGCCGCCGCAAUCGCCGCCACCAUCGACCCGAACGUGAACGACACGUACCCCGCGGUUCUCGAUCCGAUUUCCCAGCCGGCUCCCCCGCCGUAUGUGGCGCAGAACCAGUUCAUGGAUCCCGCGGAUAUCGGCGCGGCGCUGGAUCAGAUCGACGCGCGCGCCGUGGCGUACUCGUCUACGCUUGAGGAUACGAGUCUGCCGGAGGAUGCGCCGGAGGAAGUCGCGAACUGGACCAACACGCUCGCUACUGAUCCCGGAUACGCCUCUUACCCUUACAAGAAGCCGCGGUUCCACCCGGUGUACGGGCUCGCUGUGAAGAAGCCCAACGGCAAGUGGUACACGUACAUCAACAACAACCUGUCGUUGCCGGGCGUUGAUGACUGGGCCACCGGCUUCAAGACUUGCCGUUUCACCCAGCCCGACCCCGUCUACGGUUUCAACUGCACUGAGGAUGCCACCUGCCCCGGAUGCCCCUACUGCCGCGCGCAGCAGUGCUUCUUCAACCGCCACUGGCCCACCUACCGCAACCCCAAGUCCGAUGGGACCAUCCCCGGGCAGAUGUACUGGCAGCGCAUCAUUGACGCUGCCAUUAACCCUAAGAGCAUGUGGCGGGGACGAAAGGCGCCCGCGGAAAGGCGCGCGGAGGAAUCGGCGGAAAGCAGCGAUGGCGAGACCGAGGCGAGUCGCGAUGCGGAGAGUGAUGCGGACGAUAGCGGAAGCGACAGCGGAAGUGACGGGAACGAGAUAGUAGACGAGGUUAAGGGGAAAAAACAGCGCGCGAGAGUGGGCCGAGACGAGGAACCGUCCAAUGGGAAGCGCGGGCCAGACGCCAGUGAUGCAGCGGAAUUAGCGACACGUGGCAAGCCUUCUAGCCCUAGUGCAGUGCGGUUGCCUUGGCUGACGUGGCUUGCUCUGACUGGCUCGUAUCUCGUGGCGCUGAUUCUCGCCUUCAGUGUUUUCCGCGCAACUCUUCCCGCGCAUAAGGACCCCCUCGCCCCGUGCAAAUAUCCGCCUUCCGCCAAUGCGGAGAAUGUUGAGACUUCCGCCAACGCCUCCGCAAUUUCCGCCGCUGCUGGCGGGAGCCAACUGGCGAACGCGACGCGAUGGACUAAUGCCACGUGUCCUGUCCCGUGGCACCCAACCGUGGACGUGCUGACGUGGCGGUGGUCCCCGCUAGCGGCGGCGGCGGCCGUGUUAGGGUUCAUGAUUUGCGCAUUGCGCGCUUUGGGGAGCGGAUUGGCGGAACUCGGCGCGCUGGAGGAGCGCCUUCGCGCAUUAGAAGGGGGAGGGGCCGGGCGCGGGGGAAGGCUGGGGGAAGGCGGGGCGGAGGGGGAAGAGGGCGGAAGCGGACGGGGGAGGGGGGCAGAGGGGAUCGGAGGGGUGUCAGGUUCGGUAGGAGGUUCGGAGGGAGGUUCAAAAGGAAGGGCGGUGGUGACAGCUGGCAGCAAGCUGGCGGUGUCAGUGGGGCGGAGCUCUCUCUUGGGGAUUCUGGUGCAUGAGAUAAGAGCGCCACUUAGAGGUAACUGCUCCUCUCCUCCUCCCUUUCCCCCUCUCACGCACACAUUCGCUCUCCCUCCCACCCCCCACUUCCCCCCUCCCCUUUCCCCCUCCCCCUCCCUCUCUCAUUCUCCAGGCGUCCUGGGUCUGCUGCAGCUGCUCCUCUCCUCCUCCCUUGACGAAUCGCAGCACGACAUGCUGGCAGCCGUGCAGGCCACGGCGCGCCACGUCAUCCACGUCGCCAACAACGUCGUCGACAGCUGGCGCAUCGAGAACCGUCGGAUCGCCGCCGCCUCCUCCGCCGCCGCCUCUUCAGCCGCCGCUGCAAUUUUCCGCGGGGAAAGAGGGGGGGACGGUGGGGGGGGAGGCGGGGGGAGUGCUGGGCGGGCAGGGGGAGGUCUAGAGGUGGCAGGGAGGGGCAGGGCAGGGGCGGUGGAGAGGGGGAGUGUGGUGCGAUUGGGGUUAGAGAGUGCGGUGUUUGACCUGCGGUGUGUGGUGGAUGAGGUGGUGCGGCUGGUGGCGGGCGAGGCGAGGGAGAAAGAGGUCGAGUUGGCCGCGCUGGUCAUGGACUCAGUUCCUACUGUGGUUGUUGGGGACCCGCUCAGGCUGCGCCAGGUGAAUAGGAUUGGCACUGGUGGGUUAGACGAGGCGAGGGAGAAGGGCGUGGAGGAGCUGGCUGCGGCGCUGGUUAUGGACUCGCCCACGGUUGUUGUGGUGGGGGACCCGCUCAGGCUGCGCCAGGUGGGUUUGCGUUUUGCUCCUGUGGGAUUCUCUCCCUACCCUCUCAUUCUCUUCCUCUCUCCCCAACCCAAUCUUUCCCCAACCCACUCUCUCUCCAACCCACUCUCUCUCCAACCCACUCUCUCUUCAACCCACUCUCUCCCCAACCCACUCUCUCCCCAACCCACUCUCUCCCCAACCCUCUCUCUCCCCAACCCACUCUCUCCCCAACCCUCUCUCUCCCCAACCCACUCUCUCCCCAACCCACUCUCUCCCCAACCCACUCUCUCCCCAACCCUCUCUCUCCCCAACCCACUCUCUCCCCAACCCACUCUCUCCCCAACCCACUCUCUCCCCAACCCUCUCUCUCCCCAACCCACUCUCUCCCCAACCCUCUCUCUCCCCAACCCACUCUCUCCCCAACCCACUCUCUCCCCAACCCACUCUCUCCCCAACCCACUCUCUCCCCAACCCACUCUCUCCCCAACCCUCUCUCUCCCCAACGCUCUCAAUUGCCCCAACGCUCUCCGACCCCCAUUCGCAUCCUGGCCAAUCUAA